CUUACGUCUCUUUCGCCUUCUUCUUCUCCGAUGGCGUUGAUACAUGGUUCGAUUUCUGGGCCGUCUGCGGUUCGAUUGAGCUUUUCGAGCUCAAUGCCACCGUCGAGGGUCUCUGUCGUUGUUCCGACGGUGAAAAGUUGGAGGCGGAGAAGGGUUUUAAGAGCAAUGGUGCAGGAAGCAGCAGUUCAAGGAUCUCCUUCAGUUUACGCCAGAGAAAUGGAGCGCCUUUCUGCUAAGGAAUCGCUGCUUCUCGCCCUGAAGGAUGCUGGAGGCUUUGAGGCUUUAGUUACAGGGAAGACAACCAAUAUGCAGAGGAUCGAUGUGAAUGAGAGGAUAACGAGUCUAGAGCGGCUUAACCCUACUCCAAGACCAACCACGUCUCCUUGUUUCGAAGGCAGAUGGAGUUUCGAGUGGUUUGGGUCUGGAAGCCCUGGUUUACUCGCUGCUCGGGUUAUUUUCGAGAGGUUUCCAUCAACGUUGGCGAAUCUAUCAAGAAUGGAGAUACUGAUUAAGGAUUCUAACGCAAAGGCGACCGCAAAUAUCAAAUUGCUGAACUCGAUAGAAAGCAAGAUCGUUCUGUCGUCCAAAUUGACCGUUGAGGGACCUCUGAGACUGAAAGAAGAGUAUAUAGAAGGCAUGUUCGAGUCCCCAACGGUCAUUGAAGAAGCAGUUCCUGAACAGCUCAAAGGCGCAUUGGGUCAAGCCACCACAACGUUGCAGCAGCUUCCUGCUGUUAUCAAGGAUACUUUAGCCAGUGGUCUGAGAAUUCCCCUGAGUGGAUCCUUCGAAAGAUUCUUUAUGAUAUCUUAUCUGGACGAGGAGAUUCUCAUAGUAAGAGAUACUUCAGGAGUGCCUGAAGUUCUAACGAGGUUGGAAAAACCGUCAUCGAACGUUGUAGAAACUCUUGAAUACGAUAGUUAG